AUGAAGCCACUGAUACGCAAUGUCUGGCGUUCAAAUUUUGAGGAAGAAAUGAUUUCCAUAGAAAGCAUAGUACACAGUUACAAUCGGAUUGCCUUUGAUACUGAAUUUCCUGGUUUUCUUCGCAACACACCGAGAAAUCCAUCUGAAACUGAUCGGUACGAAGAUAUCAAGUUCAAUGUCAAUAGCUUGAAGCCAAUACAGUUCGGUCUUACAUUCACUGAUGCAUACGGUAAUCUCCCUCACUCCGGUGGUGUUUGGCAAUUUAAUUUUAAUGAUUUUGAUCCUGCCAUUGAUCUUCACGUGACUGCAUCCGUUGAGUUAUUACUUCGGAAUGGGAUUGAUUUGGAAAAGAAUAAGAGAGAAGGAGUUGAUAUUAAAGCAUUUUCUGCUCGGUUUGGAAACAUCAUAAGGUGUGAAGGACAUAGGAUUCAAUGGCUCACGUUUCAUGGGGUUUAUGAUAUUGCUUACUUCAUUAAGGUCUUGAAUGCAAAUAAUCCAAUGCCGGGAACUCUUCAAGAGUUCAUGUAUAUGGUUGGAGCCAUCUUUCCUCAGCUUUAUGAUCUGAAAUUUAUGGCCAAGUUCUGUCAUGGGUUGUUUGGUGGAGAAUUGGGUUUGGAACGUCUAGCUAAGAUACUUGAGGUGAAGCGUGUUGGGGAGACUCAUCAAGCGGGUUCUGAUAGCUUGAUCACGAGCAAUGUGUUUUCAAAGAUGAAAAAAGUUUAUCAACUGAUUGAAGGAGCUUAUGAAGGUUAUCUCUAUGGUAUUAGCUUUAGAAAGAGAAGGUGGGUCCCACUUGGGCCACCCCGGCCCCACUUCAUCACUGUGGUUCCAAAUGGAUAUUACCGUGGACAACCCUAUUUUGGGACAAUCAAUAAUCCACUUAGGUGGUCUCAUUGUCAUGCAUUAGUUCCUACUGUUCAUGUUUCAUAUUGUCAAUGGAGCAUGCACCAUUAA